UGUAGCUAGCUGGCUAGCUAUUUGCCUUAUUUUACAUUCAUGUGUAAAUGAAAUCUGUAGCUAGAUGGCCAGCUAGCUAGCCUGUGAGUCAGCUAGCUAUCGAGUUAAUUAGUUUCCUUGCUAGGUAGUUACUUCAUGUAGGACAUUUCGGGAUUUUUUUGUAAUGAAAUUUAUUCGCACUUUGCUGUUGAGACAGAAGGGAAAUUUUGUUGCAACAUAUUUAGGGACCGCGAUUAUUUCAUAGGAACUACAAGUUAUACAAGGGCGAGCUAGCUACCGUGAUGCGUAGCUAAGUAGAUAUCUUAACUAUUUUAGCUUGUUAGCUAGCAGUCUUGGUAUUCGUCUCUUGUAACAGGGUAUCGCUAGGUUGGUAAUCGAUGAUCGGUACGCGAAGCUGUAAAAGAGAAACACACUAGCAGGCUACCUGGCUAGCUAAUAAUCGUUUGCGUCGUAUUUUGGGGAGGUAGCUUGUCUAGCUAGCGAGCUUGCUAGGAAUGGCUGCUGCUUCUGGUUCUGUACCGGGGAUUAGCGGGUCUUGGCCCGGACCUCCACCGACGACAACGUCCUCUGGUAUACCGGGUCAGCUACAGCCCAUGGUGGUUGUCUGGGAAUGGCAAGAUGAUGGAGGAUACUGGCGUCCGUAUAGCGCCAAGGUGAGCUGCUACAUCGAACAAUGCCUUUUGCAUCAGCGAGGACUGAGGAGUGGGGGACCAGCUACCGCAAGCAUCUCUUUGGGACAAUCAGACCCCAGCUUGGCACCUUACAUCAUUGACAUCCCAAGUCUCAAGCAGUUCCGCCAAGACACAGGGAAGAUGCGGUCUGUACGUCGAAGCCUGUUCCCCCAGUCUUCAGCCUUGGGGAGCGGGGUGAACUGGGAGUGGGCCAACGAUGAGGGGGGCUGGACGCCGUACGAGACGCUCACCUCCAUCCUCCUGGAGAACAGCUACCAGGCCAGGCAGACCACGGCAGACCUGGGCGUGCAUGGCUACAACUACAUCGUGGACCUCACGGCACUUUACCAGGUGAACAAGGCCACGGGCUUCAAGAGGCAGGUCCGCAGGCAGGCCAGCCAGCCCAACCAGCCCUACCCGCUGGCCGCCGCUGGGUCCGGCUCCGUCAUCCACUCGGGCCCCGCCUGCUCCUGCCACCAGUGCCUGAGUAACAGCACUGCCGGCCCCAUGCCCAGCCGCUCGCGACACUCCUUCUCCGCUGCCCAGAUGAGCCGGCCCAGCAUGCAGGGCCUCGGGAGAGCUGGGGGCGGGAACCCCAACUCCAUUUACUCCCCUUACCCCAGGAGGCCCCUUUCUGUGGGCGGCAUGGCCUGGGGAGGCCCCUGGACCCCAGCUACUUCCGCGGGCCCCUCCCCUGGAGCCUCCCAGUCUUACUCUACGAGUGCCAACGGCCUGAGUGUCCCUUCUAUCCCUGUGCAGCUGAAUGGCUCCACCAGCGUGAGCUCAGCUCUGGCAGGCAUGGCUUCCAUUUUGAUGUCAGCAGCUGGACUCGGAGUUCGCCUCAUGAACGCCCCCCUCUUGCAGCACCCCCCGGGCAGGCCCGCCAAAACUCACAGCACCGUUAGGAGGGCAAAGAGACAGCCCAGGACAGCUGCAGAUCAGAAGCCAGAGGAGGUGAUCCAGAGGUACAUGGAGAAAGUGCCAGUUCCCCCAGAAGAGGACUGCAUCAUUUGCAUGGAGCGCCUGUCUUGUCCUUCAGGCUACGAUGGGGCGACGGAGGGCCAGGCCAUGCCACCGAACACAGUGGGCAAGUUCACCAAGUGCGGACACACCCUGCAUCUGCUCUGCAUGCUCGCCAUGUAUAAUAAUGGAACCAAGGAUGGCAGCCUACAGUGCCCUUCUUGCAAGACAAUCUAUGGUGAGAAAACAGGAACCCAGCCCAAGGGCAAGAUGGAGAUCUACAGCAUUCCCCAGUCGCUCCCCGGCCACCCUGACUGCGGGACCAUACAGAUCAUCUACAACAUCCCCCCAGGGAUACAGGGCCCAGAGCACCCCAACCCAGGCCAGCCCUACACCUGCAGAGGGUUCCCACGUCUCUGCUUCCUCCCCGACAACAACAAGGGCCGAAAGGUGCUGGAGCUGCUGAAAGUGGCCUGGACCCGCCGGCUCAUCUUUACUGUGGGCACCUCCAGCACCACUGGGGAGCCCGACACCGUGGUGUGGAACGAGAUCCAUCACAAGACGGAGAUGAUGUCCAACAUCUCCGGCCACGGCUACCCGGACCCCAACUACCUGGACAACGUGCUGUCCGAGCUGGCGGCCCAGGGCGUGACUGAGGAGUGCCUGAACCAGGCGGGGCCGAGUCAGACGACAUGAGGCUCUGACACCGCCAGUACCCCCCCCCCCAACCCCCUCCC